AUGGAUUGCUUGGCUGGUCUUGACUACGCGGCCGCCAAGCUGAGAAACAGAUGGACUCGAGACCAGAGAGUUUUGCUUUGCUGUUUGUACAGAUUCUUUGAGAGAGACUCAAAAGCUUUCAAAGAGAUUUUCAACCAUGUCUUCAAGUUUGAGGUGAAGGGAUGUGGAUUUGAGAAUGGCAUUCCAUCAGCCACGUUGAACACCCAAUGGUGUAGCAUGAGAAAAGACUCUCACCAAGUCUGGAAGGAGGUGCAUCUUUCUCCAUUCGACAAGGAGGGCUGCUGGCGUCCGAUAAUUGAGAAAAUAAGAGAAAAAUCGAGAUUUCUUGAGCUUGGGCUUGCGGAAAAGAAUUCCGAUGAUAUCAACACUUCCAAAUUUCAGACUCCGCCUGCUUCUACCCCCCAAGAUAAUUCUCAAAGUGUACCGAUAUACUCAUCUCCAAUCGUCCCCUUCUCGAAGCGUAAGCCGGUCCUACUAGAACCUGCCAACGAGACAAGCUUAUGCACAGCUGGUGAGAAAGCAUGCUAUUUUUGUGAGAUGGAACGCAAGGCCGAGACCAAGAAUUGUCUGCCUCCAAUUUUGUACCGUUGGUCAAACAUAAAUUCGCAAGGAGUCAAUUCUAAACGACUCUUUAUUGCUGGCCGUUUUGUUGAUGCUGAACGUUUCCCCCCGGAGGACAUUACCCAGGAAGAAUUCGACCAAAUGUUCUCCGACCACGUCCAUAUUAAAAAGACACUGUCGCCGUUUAUCUCAACCUGUCAAUCGAUGCUGGCGCCUGUCCACAGAGCGAUCACGGGAAAGGAAGGUGCGAUUGUAACAAUUAUUGACACCCGAAAGCUCGGGACACCGGUGUAUUCCGCAUGGGAUUUUGUGAAAGAACACGGAAUCAAGAUCAGCAAGUACAAUGGAGGGGGGGAAUUCUUAAUCUGGGGGCGCAUCCCAUCGGCCGCAAUCAUAUCCUCAUUCAAGAUAAGCACUAUCCAGGAAAUGGCUGCGGAGAGCUCUGGAAUCCGUGAUGUUCUCCAACUCGACAAACUAGCAUCUUACAAGCGCAAUUCAAGGGGAUUGCAUCGUGCCCUGGAGAGAGGAGCAUCCGGGGGACUUGACCAUGCCACGGGCCUGGCUAUUGGCAAGCUACUUUCUUCAGUCAAUGUUCCAUUUAGGUUCAGCAAGGACGUGGGUACUGGCUUGUUUUAUUCGUGGAGACUUAAGAAAGAAGGAAAAUGGGAAUCCUUCUAUGAAGGAGUGGAUGCUGGCUACGGCCGGUCUUCAGAACCAUCUCCUACGAGCGAUGAACGCCCCAAACCAGAGAUCUACGAGAUUUCGGACGACGAGUCCGACACCGAGCACGAUUCAGACUUCUACGAGAUUUCGGAUGACGACUCAGACACCGAGCGCGAUCCAGACUCAGAAGGUGAA